ACCUGGAAAGUCUAAAGAUUGCAAUAAUUGUUGGACCAAAGGGACCCUCUUCAGGCAUAAAUAGCAAGACUCCUACUGUCUUCUCUUGCAGACCAACUCAGCUGCCAGCAAAAGCAGGUGCUCUCCCCCUACCAGUGCUCCAGAGGAAUAUUUAGGAAUGGAAAACUUGAUGUUUGUCUACUGCUCCUGUAAAGUUCUCUGGACAGUACUUGUAACAAUGCUGGGUUAUGCCAGCAGCCUGCCUGUGGGGGAGGAUGCUCUUUGCACAGCAGAGCAACUUGCUAAGUACAGGAUAAUCUUCACAGGGAAAUGGAGUCAAAUUGCUUUCCCUAAGCAGUAUCCACUCUAUAGGCCCCCAGCACAGUGGUCAUCCUUGCUAGGUGUUACUCAUAGUUCUGACUACAGCAUGUGGAAAAAAAAUGAAUAUGCCAGCAAUGGUGUACGUGAUUUUGCUGAAAAGGGUGAAGCAUGGGCAUUAAUGAAAGAAAUAGAAGAAGCUGGAGAGAAAAUUCAGAGUGUACAUGGAAUCUUCUCUGCUCCUGCAAUUUCCAGUGGUACAGGACAAACCUCUACUGAAUUAGAAGUGCAUCCAAGACAUCCCUUAGUUUCCUUUGUUGUACGAAUUGUUCCAAGCCCUGACUGGUUUGUGGGUAUUGACAGCCUAAAUCUCUGUGAAGGAGACCACUGGAUGGAUGAAGUCUCAGUAGAUCUAUUUCCAUAUGAUGCUGGAACUGACAGUGGAUUCACAUUUUCCUCUCCAAACUUUGCCACUAUUCCACAGGACACAGUUACAGAGAUCACUUGUUCCUCUCCAAGUCACCCAGCAAACUCAUUUUAUUAUCCCAAACUCAAAAUUUUGCCACCUAUUGCUCAAGUAACAAUGAUGAAAAUAAAGAAAAGCCAGCCAGGUCUUUCUGCACCUUUCAUUAAUCUUCCAGCUAAAAGCAAUGAAAUAAUAGACACUGUCUCAGAAACACCCCUGGACUGUGAGGUUUCACAAUGGUCUUCCUGGGGCCUCUGCAGAGGGGUUUGCAGAGAAACAGGGACCAAGAUCAGAACUCGUUUUGUACUUCUUCAGCCUGCCAAUAAUGGAAUGCCUUGUCCCGACCUGGAUGAAGAAACAGGAUGUGAACCAGAAAAUUGUGUCUGAAAUAAAGGAAAGAUGAUAAUUAAGAUAAUUUAAAAGUAGGAUAAAAUUAAAUCUAAACUUCAAGUCAAUCAAUGUUCUUUAGAAUUUGGAUACACUGCACUAUUUUGCUGAAAAGCUGUAUUAGAGUGGUUUUGAAAGUUUUUAUUUAAUAUCAAGAUUUUGGGGGGUUAAAUUCCUAAGGUUUAGAAUGCCAACAGUACUGGAUAAUUUACAGACCAAAAGCCCCCAAAUAAACCCUUCCUCCAAAUACACUGUAAGUUCUUGGAGUACCCUCUAGUGGCAGAAAAGAAGACAUUUCUAAGGAUUGUACUUCACAUUUUUACUUCACAGUAAAAAUCUUUCAGUCACAGAAUCUAAACUAAUAACCUCCUUAAAUAUUGUAAUUUGUUUAUCUACAGCUAUUUAUAUCUAGAAAAUAGUUUUUUCCUCUAAAUUAUGUUUUUUAUAAUUUAUUGGCGAUUUUGUUGUCUUUCUAACCUUGCUUAAUGUACAUUUCUUCAGAAACUAUUUACAAAAGUCAGAGUGACCAGAUGUUUGCAGUGUGGUUAAAACAAUAAUGGAACUGAGUAAACUUGUCUUGAGACUU